GUGGCAAAUGAACAUUUGAAUUUAUUUUCUUUAGAAAAUAGUGAUUAUAUAUACGCUGACUAUAAUGCAACUUUUCCAGUUAGUGACAGUGUAAAAUAGAGUAUACUUGAAGUCCUAUCAAAACAGGUUUUGAAUCCUUCAUCGUUACAUAGAAAGGGACAAGAAGCAAGAAGGAUUCUUCAGGAUGCAAGGGAUAACAUUCGUAGUGCUAUUGGCGUUCCAAGUAAUAAGGAAAUAGUUUUUACGUCUGGUGCAACUGAAGCAAAUAGUCUUGUUAUGAAAGGGAUAGCAGGCUUUCAACAUGUGAUUUCAGCUGUAGAACAUCCCUCAAUUCUUAAUUCUGCGUGCAAUCCACAUAUAAUACCCGUCAAUCAGGGGGGUAUUGUCGAUCUUUUGGCGCUAGAAAGAAUUUUAAGUGAACUUAAAGGGAAUAUGGUUUGGUUACAACUCCAACAGUCA